AUGGGCGGCCGGGCGCUGUGCUGGCUGCUCUGCCUGCUGCAGGCGGGCCGGGCCGGGGGCGCCGAGCUCACCUUCCAGCUGCCCGACAGCGCCCGGCAGUGCUUCCACGAGCCGCUGCAGCGCGGCCUCAAGUUCACGCUGGACUUCCAGGUGAUUACUGGGGGGCAUUACGAUGUAGACUGCUACGUGGAAGAUCCCAACGGCAAGACCCUUUACAAAGAAGCUAAGAAGCAGUACGACAGCUUUUCCCAUCGAGCCGAAGUCCGCGGCAUCUACACGUUUUGCUUUAGCAACGAGUUCUCCACUUUUUCACACAAAACUGUCUACUUUGACUUUCAAGUUGGAGACGAGCCCCCAAUUCUCCCAGACAUGAACCGCAGGGUCACCGCCCUGACACAGAUGGAAUCUGCUUGUGUCACCAUUCACCAAGCUUUAAAUACAGUGAUUGACUCCCAGACUCAUUACCGGCUGCGGGAGGCUCAGGACCGGAUCCGGGCUGAAGAGCUGAACAACCAUGUCUCCUACUGGUCUGUGGGGGAGACCAUCCUCGUCCUCGUGGUCAGCAUCAGCCAAGUGAUGCUGCUCAAGAGCUUCUUUACGGAGACGAGAGCGACCACAGGGGCCGUCAGCACCUAGGAAGCCAGAGUCGGUCCUGCGCCGUGGCACCAUGUGCCAGCGGGUUGGGUGGGGUAGGGCUCAGGAGGAGAGCAGAGGUGGUACUGGGAGAAGCUGAGCAAGAGGCUGAUGGGUCACACAGUGCAGGGCUGCUGAGGGACUGAGUGGGGCCGGCCCGGCACACCUGCACUGGGAGCAGAAAGGGAUUUAUGGGAAAGUCACCAACGAGCAGUUUCGAUAGAGCGAAAGCUGUUAAUAGCCGGGGCCCAGGAAGCAAUGGGUGUGCAGAGGUUAGGGGCUCUCUGUGUAGCUGAGCUGUGACUUAGGCCAGGGAAGAUUAGCGCCAGUUUCACUGCAAUUUGUUGCAUUGGUUUGACUCUUGGUUGUAACCCUGUUGCAUCUUGUUGUAACAUCUGUUGCAUCAGGGGAAGGAUAGCUCAGUGGUUUGAGCAUUGGCCUGCUAAACCCAGGGUUGUGAGUUCAAUCCUUAAGGGGGCCAC